AGUUUUUGUGCGUGUGUGUGGACUCUGGCUCAGACAUGGCGGCCAGUACUGCAGCUACGUCACACCUGCCUCCUGUGAAGAAUGUGGUGGUGUAUAGGAAUGGAGACCCCUUCUACACCGGGCGGAGGUUUGUGGUCAACCAGCGUCAAGUGGUCACUAUGGAGGCCUUUCUGAACGAAGUGACCCAGAGCAUCGGGGCUCCUCUUGCUGUCAGAACUCUAUACACACCCCGACAGGGCCACAGAGUCACAGACCUCCAGGACCUUAAGACAGGAGCUCAAUAUGUUGCUGCUGGCUUUGAGAGGUUCAAGAAACUCGAUUACCUAAACGUGGGAGCAAAAAAGCAGCCUGUCACUCGUGAAGAAACCCAGGCAAAAGUCAUCCAGAGGCCAAAUGUUUCAGCCAAAUGGAGAAAGUUUAUACCCGUUCCUUGCAUUUUACAUGUUUUCCGCAACGGAGAUCUCCUGUGUCCACCAUUCCGGUUCAUCAUUCCUCGGAGCAUGCGACAGGACCUAGAGCAGAUUCUGAGCCUCAUCUCAGAGAAGGUCAGCUUACGAACCGGAGCCUUGCGCAGGUUGUGCACUUUGGAAGGGGUAACUGUGUCCUCAGCUGGAGAGCUGGAGACCGGCCGCUGCUACGUUGCCGUGGGAACCGAGAGAUUCAAGAAACUUCCAUACGUGGAGCUGUUGAUUUCAAAAGCCACAGAAAGAUAUUAUCCUGGGAAGAGAAGAAUUCUCAGGAGACAGGAAAAGAGGCAGGAAGCAGGAAGUGGUCCCCAAGACCAGUACAGUGAUUCAGCUCUCCUAGACUUCCCAGAAUCCGAUGAUCGGAGGGUGAAAUCGACUGGAGAUGAAGAUGCAGCUCCUCAUGCGUCACAGCAGAUGGGCAAGAGAGCGGGAGCUGAAGAGGCCCCUGCGUUCUUUUCCAGGCCGGUUAAAAUCAACAGGAACCGAACGCAAGCAAGACCAGCACUGAGCAAUGGACCUGUCACAAUUCCACAAGGGACAUUCAAAAGGGCGGGAAGGAAAAAGAGAGAGGAGCUACAAGGAGCUGAGGAGGUGCAAGAGGAUGAGAACACAGCCACAGAGCUUCCUGUUGAUCAGAGAGUUGCAGAGGUAGUGGAAGAUGAGGACAUAACCAUCACAGAGGAUCGUUUACUCAGCACACAGAAGAAAGCAGAAAUCAAGAUUGAGCAAAACAACGAUAAAGAACACCCACACAAGCACAAUGGAGAGCAGGAGGCUGAGCUGAAGAUGUCCUCAGAGCUGAGGCCCUCGUCAUCCCCGUCAGAGGGA